AUGAGGCCCUUGCCGGCUCGGCGAUCAGUCGCAGGCUCCUCCGAUAUUACAGCAGCCACAGCCUGCCGGCCAGCUCCACCUCCACCCGCUGCCACCGCCACCGCCGCCGCCGCCGUCGCCGCCGCCGCCGCUGGGAACAGCUCUUGUCGUCGCGGCGGCGGUGCUGCCAUCGACGUCACGCUGCCAUACAUCUCACCUGAACGCAAUUCACCUACCAUCAGCUUCUUCGAGUGA